UUUCGAGGUGCGAAUUCAAAUCAACUGAAUUCGAGUGGUUUCUGUUUUAAAAUUGGUUUUAAAUAUGAAAACUUAUUUAUUUAUUUUAAUGUGGGUGUAUAUUCCUAAUUUUAUUAAGUGCAUUCCUGGUGGAGAUCGAGACCUAAAUUUAUAUCUGAACAAAGAAGUUCAACUUAUGAGAGACAAAAUAUACGAUAAAAUACGUAAUAUUCGAGAAGUAAAUGAAGAGACAGAAACUGUAAAGGUAGACAUUUUAGGACGUUACGAACAUUCAGGAACAGACAUGAACACAAACUCCUUUACUUUCCUCAACAAAACAUAUUUAUGCAUCAGAAAUGAGAUAUUUCUUGCAGAAACCAAGAAUAACAACGAUUUAAAAUUGACAUAUUUAGAUAACUUUGUCGAUCAGGACAACGUAGUUCUUUUCAGGGCAAUAGAAUAUAAACAAGAAAGUAUAAUUGUUCAACAGAUACUUGAUAAUAUGUAUGUAUUCACUUUCAAUAAUGAUUCUUCACGACCUGAACCUGUCCAAGAAAUUUCUACCAAUUAUGUUUCCGAUGCUUUGUUGUUUGUUAAUGAAGAUAAUUUAUAUUUAGCAAUAUCAACACAUCACGCUGAUCACAUAGCUUCUUUCACUAUUUAUAAAUGGUUAGAGACACAUUUCGAUGAAUUGGAUGUUAUCUACACAACCAGCAUAGAGGCACUUGGUUCUUUUUCAUUUGGAAACACUGAAAUAAUAAUUGCUCUACAAAGUGUCACCGGAAAAAAGACGCAUUCGUCAGUUUUUGAAUUCAAAUCCGAACGAAUUACGAAAAUACAGUAUUUGAACACACAUUCCCCAAUAAGAAUGGAUGUAUUUAUUAAAAAUAAGGUCUCUUACGUCUUAGUAUAUGAAGAGUACGAAACACAAUUAUAUUACAAAUGGAACGGUUUUCAAAUGGUUUUGAUAAAUACUUUUCACUGGACACAUAACGUAGAUAAAUCAGUGGUAGUAUAUGAUAAUUUAACACCUUUAAUUGUUAUACCUCAACCAGAUAAAGCUUUAGUCUACAUACCCAAACAAAACAUAAUUUUACAAGAGAGCAAAAAGUAUACGUGGAAAUUCUCAGUCAUUAUUAACGUGCACAAUGACCGGAAUGAAAACAGUACAACUUUUAUAGUCGGUUUAAGUCAAGCUCGGGUAAUAAACAUCUAUGCCAUGUCUUUUAAAGUUCCGAAUGAAAUAGAGACUGAGGAACCCGACGCUCUAGGGAUAUGUUUUAAUAAUUUAGACCAGAGUGUUUACGGUAACCGAAUAAAAAUAAAUCAAAUGAACGACUCUUUCACUAAUAACGCACCAAAUAAUAGGAAGAAACCCAAAAAACGCGAAACCAAAACAGAGACAGACAUCGAAAACAAAUUAAGAGACUUGAAGAUCCAACUAGAUAACAUAAGACCCUUUCAAAUACACCAUGAAAAUGUCUCUAGUACCCUUAUAAUCAACUUAGCUUCAACAAUAAAUUCAAUAAUAUUAACCAGGAACGUCGAAGCUAAAUCAGUGGACUUUAAAAAUUUUAAUGGCAAACUUUGGAAACCUGAGACUUUAUUUAGAAUUAAUAAAAAUCAAAAUAUUACUGGGCCUGUUCAAUUUGACUCUAUCUAUACAAAAAUAUUAAUUGUAGAUCCAGAAAAAGAUCAAUUAUUCAAAAAUUUGUUACUUAAAAAUGGAAAACAGAGAUUGCUGGGACGGUAUAAAAUUAAUAGUAUGUCAGUGAAGAGUAUGACGACACAAGAAAUUAAUGGCAUAAGUAUAGAAGACAUAUACAUAAAAAGUAAUUCAUCGCCUGUUCAAGGAAGAAAAACGUUCAGAAAUGUAUUUACUCAUCGUUCAAAUAUAGCUUUCAUCAAUAAUGUAACAACAGAAAAACUAUUGGCUGAUAUUUACUCCAAAAAUUCGAAACAACAAUUUUCAUUUGCUUCAAAUGUUGUCAUAGAAAAUUUAAUAGCAGAUAGUAUAGACAAAAUCAACUGGCAAGAGUUCAUAAAUUCAGUUUACAGAAUUGGGGAAAAUCUCACUAUUAAAGGAAAUUUUACUGUGCCUAACCUUACAUCAAAACAUAUCAAUGCUAGAUACAUCAACGAAAUCGAUACGACAAAACUAAUGACAAAAACAACAAAUCAAGUAAUUAAUGCCACGAUUCAGUUCAACAAUAUUAGAGCUUCGGAUAUACAGUGUAAUACCACAAACGAUAUUGAUAUCGCUGAUACGAUACCUCUUAACCAAAAUGGAACGAUAAUAAAUGGGCCUGUCAUUCUUAACGAGGGAUACGUCACAGGAGAUUUGGAACUUCUAAAAUUAAAUAAACAUUUUUAUCUGACUGACGGUGAUCGACUCCUAGGAACAAACGAGUCAGAUUUACGUCAAAUUUACACAGGAAAAGUUGUAAUCAAUGGAAAUAUGUAUAUCGAAAGUCUAAAUAUUACUCCAAAUACCACAAUUUUCAUUAAUGGAAACGAAUAUAUUUUGGGAGAUUUAGACAAAUAUUGGACUAAAAAUACUAAUCAGUCUAUACCAGUCCAUUUUGAAGCUUUGAACGGUAUAUCAAUUCCACAUCUAACAACGAUUUUCCUGGAUAAUAUUUCCUUGAAUAACUUUGCUAUAAAUAGGAAAAACGAAAGCUUGAAGGGUCCGUUGUCCUUUGAAAAUGCCUAUUUUGCUGGAAACGUUACGUUAAAUGAAACAAUUCCAAAAAAACAAAUCGAUUUAAAGAAACUGUCAAAAGAAGGUGUAAGAAACGACAACAAGACUUAUCACAUUACUGGAAAAAAGAACAUUAAAAACGUUCUAAACGUUAAUCAUUUGACAACAAAAACAAUAAAUGGUCAAAAAAUUCAAAAAUAUUUCGAUAAUUUGAAUAAUCAACAAAAAUUGAAAAAACUAAUUAUCAAAGGAGAUUUGAUAUCAGAUAUUGAGGUAGAUACUAUUAAUAAAAUUAAUUUAUCUAAAUUAAAAGAAGACCUUUUACCAAUUAAUCAACCUCUAAAUAUUUCUAAGCUAGAAUUUAAACACAUUACAGUUGAAAAUUUGUAUACAAAUAAAAUUAACGGUUACAAUAUCAACGAAACCACACAAAAAUUACAAGAAAUUAUCUUAAAUAAAGACCUUAAAACAAUCAGUAUUAAGGGAAAUUUAACCCUCCAUAACAUCCAAAAUGUUACUACAAUAAAUCAUUAUAAUAUUGAAGAAUUUCUCAAAAAAGACAAUGAGGAUCUGCCAAAAAAUGUAAAAUUUCCCGGAAAAACCACAGUAUGUAAUCUACGUGCCCGUAUAAUAAAUAAAAUAAAUUUUCCUGGAUUAACCAACAGGUUACUUUACAGAAAAUCCAAUCAAACAAUUUCAGGACAUUAUACUUUUGAUAAUUUAAAAACUAAGCAUUUAUACGUAAAUAAAAUUAAUGACAUUAAUGUGGAAAACCUUACUGAUAUAACUUACAACAAAGGCAUUCAAACAAUAACUGUUCCAUACGGUAUCAUUUUACGAAACACUGAAUUUAAAAAAUCUCUGGAAAUUUCGAAAAUGUUCCCUUGCAAUAUCCAAGAAGCAGUAGCAAAUAUUCUGAAUCCUCAGACAAGAGAAUGGAAACAAAUUGAAAUAAUCGGCAAUGCAUCUAUUUUGGACGAAGCAUCUCUGUUAGGCAGAAUCAUGUACAAAACUAUAAAGAAAAAUGAAGAAAACACGAUACUGGCACCUGUGUACAUUAAUGGACACGUACUAACCGACAGUGUAAAAGCUUUAGAUAAAAUUAACGAUGUCAACUUAACAGCAUUAAUUGAAGAUGCUGUGUUAAGUGAUGCAGAUGAAGAACAAGAAAUUGCCGGAAAAAAAUUAUUCUCGCAUCUUGAAGUAGGGACUGCCAAUGUUUUAGGAAAUACUGAUACCCCCAUUUUGAAUAGAAUCCGCAUAUCGCAACUAUAUAAAAGUAUAAUCAAGCAAAGUGAAGUUCAGAAAACAAAUAUACUAGGAAAGAAAGUAUUUUUUGGUGGACUGCAAACUGAUAAAUUCUCUAGUAAAACUAUAUCAGGUAUAAAUCCAGAACAAAUAGUUGAUUUAACAAACGUUACAGAAAUACCAUACGUUCUGUUUGAGACUAUCAACGUCUUGAACAAUUUAGAAGUUGAAUCUGUCAACAGCUAUAAUUUAAGUAACGUUCUGCAGAAUAGAAUUCUAACAAACGUAACUGAAACACAAGUUACCAACGCCAUACUUUACUUUACUAAUCUAGAAAUAAAAGAAGGACUUAAAACAGUUAAAAUAAAUGAUAUCGAUAUAAAAAAUGUGGUAUUCGAUAUAGGAGAAAAGAAAGUAUCCUCCCCUAAGAUGUUUGAACAGGACAUUACUAUAUUAGGAAAUGCAAGUAUAGGGUUCCUAAAUGGAAUUAAUAUUACCGAAGCUCAUACGAAUGCAUUAAUGCUUCGAAGGAAAGAAAUAAUUAAAAAUUCUGUUACAUUUCUUCAACCAGUUGAAAUACAGGGUGAUGUUACUACUAGAACAAUUAACCACUAUCCCCUUGAGCAAAUUAAGGAAAUAAUGAACAAUGUGUCCAACAGCACAACUGCAAAUGAAGUUAUAUACGGUAUUGCAACUAGACUUCGAGACAUAAUCGUGGAGAAUAUACCGAUACUUCAGCAUAUGCCCAACGAGUUGAUGUACAUAGAAAAAUCCGAUGACUUGCAAAUCAAAAUUAAAAACACCAUAGAUGCUAGGGUGACUGUUAUAGAAGAUUACGCAUUAAUCCACAUUGUAAGUGAAGAAGUUGGCGAUACUUGCUUUCUACCUAAGAGUUGUAAAUGUCCUGUGCAAUACACAAUAGAAAUAAGCCCUCAAAAUUCAGUGAGCCAUUUCCUGAACAAACAACAACAAAGAGUGUAUAGUUAUGAUGAUGGUACGAUAACAAUACAUUUUACAACAACUAGUAUUAGCACAGAUUCUCACUGCAGGACAGAUAAUCGGGAUUAUUUAGAAAUGUCCACGAUGACAUGGAGCACCAGAAAGUCACAUAAUUCAACAGGAAGUUUUAACAUAUAUCCUUCAGUGUUCCAAGGAUAUAUUAGUGGAGUAGAAUUCUUUUCUAUCGGUGUAACAACGUAUGCAGUAAUAGCUAGAUACUAUGAUCCUGCCAUUGAUUCACAUGAUUUAGAUUGUACUGUGAUAAAAUUCAGCGAAGAUAAGUCAACAACAACAGUAAUACAAAAAAUCCCUACCAAAGGAGUAUGGUCAAUCUACGUACUUUAUACAGCACAAGGGGUUAUAUUAGUAGUAGGAAAUAUAGUAGGUAUGGGUUAUACUGAAAUAUUUAAAUUCAAUGUGGAAACCCAAAAGUUUGAAAUGUUGCGGAGGACAAAUUAUGUAUGCAAGAAAGCAGUGGGUGUUGUCCUACAGGCAGAUAGUCUAUUAAUAUUAUCAAACGAAGAUGCUCCUCUACAAAUUUUGAAAUAUAAUGCAUAUUACAACAAUUAUUAUUACUACCAAGGAUUUUUCCGUGAUGGUAAAGUCACAGGAAUGUCAGUAUUCUACGUUGGAGGUUUUGGUAUAAGUGACGCUUAUUUAACUAUAAUAACUGAAAAUAAUUACAAAAUUUACUCAUUCCAAUACAUUGACGGAUGGAAAUUAGAAUCGUCUGGAAAUAUUAAAGGACUCAGAAAUCUGAUACCAUUUGAAGUAAACGAUCAGUUAUAUCUUUUUGCACCUUCAGAAGAAGAAAGUUCUCUAUUAAGUGUAAUUAAACAUGGUGCUGGAAAAACUUAAUAUGUAUUUUAGAUCAUAUUGUUUGUUUUUUUUUAUAAUAGUAUUUAAUAAAAUUAAUUAUUUAUUG